AUGCAUGCUUUAACCUCUUUCAAACGUGAGGAAAACACUCUGACGAAAAAUCGCGAUGCCAUGGAACCAAUUAAGCUUAGAAAUUUGAAUUUAGUAACAAAGCAUCAACUAGGACCGUUUGUUAAAGACGGCCCGGCAGCUAAAAAUUUGAUUGAUCCCUUGAGAAAACCGGAGCCUGCUGUCAUCAAAUCAAGACGUUCUCACCGUCUGUCGAUAGGAUAUUCCAGUCUGGGAGACCUUACUGAUGUCAAGGAAGAGUUCAACGCUCCUUCGCCAUCGCUGGGACACACGUUGGUGUUGUGCCGCGAUAAGCUUUCCGAGGGAUCGAGACCAAUACAGUUGUGCGAUGGGGCCAUAUUGGACGUUUCUGGCGAACGAACCUUCGAUGUUCGAGGGUUUGAUUGUCAGCCUUUUUUCCACUGCUACAACUAUGAAAGCCGCUUUGAGAAAGAUGAUUGUGAAUCCAUUAUCAACAAGCUAGUAACUGACGAAAUGAACAACAGACAACCGGUGUUCCAAAAAGAACUUGAAUUUCUCGAGAUAAAGAAAAUGAUAAGACGUACUGACUAUCUCAUGUUCUAUCUUCUGGGUAUCGAUAGACUAGGUUAUUUCAGACUUAAACAAGAGCGCGACUCUUUUCGAAACAGCCUUAGCGAGGCCUACACGAGUUCUCUGAGGUACAAGGACAACGAAAGCUCUGAGUCUGAGAGCAGAACAGGAGAUGAAGAAAGCAAUUCCAGUUUUCACACAGACGAUGCGCCGGACGACAGACUGUCGAAUCCUUCAGUGUAG